CUUUGUGAGUCCUUAUUUGCGGGCGUUUGCGCCCAAGUGAUAGAGGUACACACUGAAACUAUGGAUGCUGCCGCAGAGCUUGACGCCUGGCUCCAGAAACACGUGGCCGAGCCGCGUAGAACGCUGGCACGCGAGGCGGCCUCAAACCUCUCGGACUUUGCGACGUGCGAAGAGGCCGAUCUAGAAGACGUCCUCCAGAUCUCCACGUGGCCGCCGCUCGCGCGCAGUCGCUUUCUGCGGGCGUGGCGGAAGCUCAAAGGAGAUGAGGCUGGAGUGACCACCGUCGCGACGCAGACGGACAUCGUCGGACCGGUGGUACCUGUCGCCGCGGCCGCCGAGCCGACGGGCUCCUCGAGUGCCGCCGCCGCAGCUGACGACGACGACUUCGAAGCCUCGAGCGACGACGACGACUCCGACGGUGGCGCGCGCAACGGCCCGAAACGGCGGCGCGGGGGCGCGACUUCGAGAUUUGUGGGCGUAUCAAAGCAAAGAAACAAAUGGGCUGUCCGGUACGCGGACCGACAAGGAAACCGUCACACCGUCGGUACCUACGACGAUGAGGAAACCGCUGCGCUCAAAUUCAACGAAGCCAUCAUCGCAGCCAAGCUGACGGACAUUCGCGCGAUAAAUCCCGUCGUCGACGGCCGGCCGCAGCCCAAGCAAUUGCCGCGUGAUAAGAGCGCGGCCCGCCCGCCGGAUCCGCAGCGCGUGAAGACGACGGGCUCGUCGUCCCAGUACUAUGGCCCAUACUGGGAUUCGCGCAGACGGCGCUGGCAGGCGAAACUCAGCGACGCGGCCGAGAAGACUGUUUGGACUGGCACCUACAACGACGAGGAGACGGCCGCGCGCGAGUACCACGCCGCGGUGCAUCGCUUUGGAUUGCAGGCCAUCCGUAAAACCUCCGUCGACGCGUCCGGCGCGCUCGUCCCGAAGCCGAAGCUGUCGCCGAAGAAGUCGCCGCCCCAUCUGAAGCCGGCGGCGGCGUCGUCAUCGCCGCUGCCGCCGAAGGCGAAAUCGCCCGCGCCGGCGCCCGCGCCCGCGCCUCCGGCCCCUGUGCCGCCGCCGCGCGUCGUCGUGACGCGGAAGCCGAUGCCGGCCGCCAGGCCCCCCGCGCCGCCGCCGAAACAAAAGUUCGUCGUCCGCGUGCCGCCGCCGAAGGCGUCGCCCGCCGCGGCGCCCCAACCGAAGAAGCCGUCGCCGCCGCCGCGGCCCCGCACGCCCCCACUGGAGGCCUUCCGCAAGCACGCCGGGCCGGACGGCGACCGGAAGGCAGCCGUUGCGGCCUUCUUUGCAGCGCAGAGAUCCGACGAGGCGCCGCCGCCGAAGAAGCGGCGCACGGAUGACGACGCCAUCGGGGACGGGGAGGUCCUCUCCGAAAUGUUCUAAGAUACACAUUG